AUGCAACGUAGUAGUAAUAGCAAUGAUGGUGGGGUUGCGACUCUCACCAUUACUGCUGUGAUGUACAAUCUGAUAUGCAAGCUAUGCACAAUGAUAGUCUUUAUUAAAGGCUCUGCUGCCUGCGACACCCUUGUGAGUGCUAUCAUCAUCCUUGCUAUCCUCGUUAUCACUACUAUUGCUACUACUACGUUGGUCGUCUUCUCCAAAGCUAUCUUGCAUUGA